CGUGGCUUCCGCAGGGUUCCGUGCUCGGCCCGCUGCCGCUCAUCGUUGCCGCGAACAGCCCCCGGUGAGGAGCUGGUGAGCAUCCCCAACCUUGAACUUGCUUUCUCCACUGAUGACCUGACCGCCAUUACUCGCAUCACCGAGAGAGCGAGAGGCGCUAUGGAGUGCACGUUACGGAAGGAGUUGGGCAGCGCCAAGAUGGGCAGAGCGGAACAAAUACGAAGCCCAGCGCCGCGAAGACAAAGUGCGCGCUGUUUUGGCACCGCCCUCACGGACAGCAGGGAACUGCACGCGGGAGAGGCCCGCUUGUCGCAGGAUUGCCUCCCGCGGUUGUUGGGGCGGUUUUGA